GGAGCCCUCCCACUUCUAUUUCUGCCGAGAGGGCCGUCGUAUGUCCCGAACCGGGACCAGGAUCUUUCCGUGGAAAAAUCCGCCCCUCGACGUUAAAUAGAGUGUUACAGACCUUGUCGUGUCAGACUCACGUGAUGACGCGGGGAGUUAAGAAAGAAUUAUUGGAUGAUGGUUGAUGAUGGAUAUGCAGGAAGCGACAGGGAUCAAGUUGAUAUCCGAACAGGUCACGUGACAUGGUAUAUGGUAUACGGCGUGGUAUACAGGAUGGUAUAUGGUAUAUGGUAUAUGGUAUACACCGUGGCACAUGAAUUGGUAUACGGACCAAAAGAUAUAUAAGGACGCUCAUCCAUGUACUUAGCUUAGUUCUUCGCGAUCAAUUUCAAGUCUUACA